AUGGAAUUUCCUCAAGAAACUCCAGUUUCUAAAAUUUAUCAAGAUAAAGUUAACGGAUCUUUGGUUUUGCUUGAAGUUUUUUGUUUACAACAUUUUAGUGUAAAGAAACUUGAUGACAAAACUUUCAAAGAUUGUCCAUCAAUAUUCCGAUUAAUCUACAUGAUCUGCUUUCUCACAUUAGUUGCAAGCGUCAUGGUCUUUUAUAUUAUAGAAGACGAAGGAUCAUUAUCGAUAAAAGAAGUGCAAUCUAAAAAUUUUUUGGCAUUUGCGAUAAAGACCACGAUGAAUCUCGGUAUUUUUGGUGUUGUUUGUACGAAUGUUAUUCAAUCAUAUUUGACUACUAAAAACACAAAGAAAAUUCAUUUGACAUCAAUGGAAAUGGCAAGAAUUUUACGAGAUGUUCUGAAAUGUCCUGUUGACUUUGAUCGUCUCACAAAAUUUACAAUGCGUCGGCUUCUCUUUACAGUUUGUUUCUUUCUCAUAAAUCAUUGUGCUUUAAUCCUUUUUAAACUUGAUGACAGGAGAUUAAUGUCAGUAGUUGUAGGAAGUUUACCUAUGUUUAUGCUUUUCUUGUGUGCAUUUAAAUUCAAUAUUUACGUUUGGUGGAUCAAUAACCAAAUUCAAUAUCUCAACAUGUUUCUAAAAACUAUUUUUCAAAAGCCUGUAACAAAAGUUAUUUCAACCAUCAAUCAAAAAGUUUUCCCCAUCAAUCCGCAAAUAAGUUAUCAGAAUUACAUGGCACAACUGCUUGAAGCUCGGAAAAUGUUUAAUAAGAUUUUUUCGAUUUCUUCAUUACUAAAUCAAAAUCAAGGGAUGUUAAUUUUGAUGAUGCUGACUGUCCUAUUAGUUGCAUUGACUGCGUCUAUUUAUGACGUUUUUAUAAUCGCUCUUGGAGAGAUGAAAGUGCAAGAACUCCCAGAUAAACUUCAUAUUAUAUCUAUCUGCUCAAGCUUACUUCUUUCUAUAGCCAUUUAUUGUCAGAAAACACAAAAUGUUAUGUGUGAACUUGCAACAACUUUGGAUGUGAUACAAUGUGAACAGUUUGAAAACAUUCCAACAAACGUUCAAAUUUUCCUUCAAAGCUUUUAUCUUCAAGUCAAUCAUCAGCCAGUGUCAUUUAGUGCUUUUGGUUUUUACACGAUCAAUUUAACAUUGCUUGCUUCAAUCAUCACUGGAAUUGUUUCCUACGAGAUUAUUUUAGUCCAAUUUUAUGCUUCUUAA